AUGGCUUCCGCCGGCAUCAGGCAAUGUGUUCGCGAUGUUACGCUUUAUCUGGUUUAUCUAAUCUUCAUAUCCACUCUGGGACCCCUCCAAUUUGGAUACCACUUGUCUGAACUCAACGCCCCUCAAGAUGUCAUUACAUGUAAGAAGACAUCCGUCGCGGACCACGUUGGUUCUCAACCCGACUCCAAGCUUCCCCAAUGCAUACCUAUGAACGAAGCCGAAUUCGCAGCCCUGUCCUCGAUGUUCGUUCUAGGCGGAUUCAUUGGCGCUAUAACUUCUGGUCCGAUAGCUGGGAGUUAUGGUAGGCUGCUAGCUAUGAGGCUUACAAGUGUAUUCUUCGUGCUGGGUUCUGGUCUUACCACACUAGCCAGUACUGUACCUAUCAUGUCUAUUGGACGAUUCGUGGCUGGUAUUGGUGCAGGAGCUUCAACAGUUAUUGUGCCCAUCUAUAUAUCUGAGGUUGCGCCGCCGAAGGAGAGGGGCUUGUUUGGAUCUAUGACGCAAGUUACGAUCAAUAUCGGUAUUCUGAUUACGCAGAUUUUGGGAUACUAUUUCAGUAAGGGUUCAUUGUGGAGAGUUAUACUGGCCGUUGGCGGAGCAAUUGGGUUAGUUCAAGGACUUGGAUUGUGUUUCGUUCCAGAAAGUCCAGCGUGGUUGGCAGCACAUAAAAAUCCUCAGCAAGCUGUUCGGAUUCUACAACGUAUCCGUGGCCAUGGAUCGUCUAUUGCGGAAGAAAUUGAGGAUUGGGAUGUUGACAAGAACGUGGAAGAGGAAGAGCGCUUACUAGUGGAUCCUGAGUCUCGAGAGAGACGUCCAUCCACAAUCAGCAAGGCAUCCUCGAGAUCAGCAGCACAUAUUGGGUUCUUCCAGGUCGCGCGAGACCCGUUCUACAGACCUGCAAUCAUCGCCGUCAUUGGCAUCAUGUGUGCUCAGCAACUUUGCGGAAUCAACAGCAUCAUGAUGUACUCCGUAUCUCUCCUCCAUGGCGUUUUACCAAUCACAUCCUCGCUUCUCACCAUCAUAAUCUCUGUGGUCAACCUCUGCACCACUAUAACGUGUGCACCCCUAGCGGACAAAAUAGGCCGCAAGACUUGCCUGCUGGUUUCCAUCUCAGGAAUGGGCACUAUGUCGCUAUGUUUGGCCCUCUCUCUUCGCUGGGAACUCAAGCUCUUCUCUGCGAUUUCCGUGCUCCUUUUCGUAGCUUUCUUCGCUGCUGGUCUUGGCCCAGUACCUUUCAUGAUGGCCAGCGAACUAGUCGGGACUGAAGCCGUUGGAGCCACACAGAGCUGGGCACUAGGAGCUAACUAUGUGGCCACGUUCCUCGUGGCGCAGUUCUUCCCUAUCUUGAACACAUUUUUGAAUGAAAGGCUUGGUGGGAAGGGUUGGGCUUACUUUGUGUUCGCUGGAUUUGCGGCUGUGUGUUUUGUGUUUGUUAGUUGGAAGGUUCCGGAAACCAAAGGGAAGAAGGAUCCGGAUGAGGUUUGGGGAAGGGUUAGAAGAGUUGAUUGA